AUGGCCAUCCACGGUGGGGCAUCCUGUAGGCUCGCUGCCGUGUGCUUGUUGCUGGAGCUCCUCGCGCUGCAGGGUGGUGCCGGUGCCGCGGAGCCGCUCGUGCCGGCGAUGUUCGUGUUCGGGGACUCCAUGGUGGACGUCGGCAACAACAACUUCAUUGACAAGUGCGACAUCAGCUGCAAAGCCGACUACCCGCACUUCGGCGUGGACUACCUCGACCAUGCACCCACCGGCAGGUUCAGCAAUGGCUACAACCUGGCAGACCAUCUAGCACAAGAGCUUGGCUUUGCCGAGAGCCCGCCGCCAUUCCUGUCCCUGUCAAACGCGAGCCAGUGGAUGAGCAAGGGCAUCAACUUCGCGUCAGGAGGGUCGGGGCUCCUUCUUAAAACCGGCAAUGAUGGAAGAACGUGUACGCAAGUUCUGUCCAUCGCUGAGCAGGUCAGCAACUUCACGAAUCUUGCUUGGCAGUGGGCAGCAAGUGGUGAUAACAGGUCAGCCGAUCUCUUGUCCAAAUCACUCUUCUUCAUCAGCGCCGGCAGCAACGACCUGUUCGAGUACAUCGAUCUAGGCCCCCACGACAACGACACGAAACUAUUGCAAGACCUCGUUGCCUCCUACGCAGCCUACCUGAGGGACUUGUAUGACGUUGGGGCAAGGAAGUUCAGCGUGGUGAGCACGUCGCUGGUGGGUUGCUGCCCGUCGCAGAGACUCAUAGCUCAUCGUCUCCAGGACCCCAAGGGCGCCAUCGACGAGUACGGGUGCCUCGCCCCGCUGAACAGCCUCUCCUACCAGCUUUACCCCAUGUUCGCCGCCAUGCUGCAGGACCUCAGCGUGGAGCUGCCCGGCAUGAACUACUCCUUGGCCAACUCGACCAAGAUGGCCGAGUGGGUGUUGGAAACCCCGGCCUCCGAGCCAACAAACGACUUCACGUUCACGGUGCUGGACACUGCGUGCUGUGGCGCAGGGAAGUUUGGCGCGGAGUACGAUUGCAACUUCUCGGCUCCCCUGUGCCCGAACCGCAGCAACCACCUCUUCUGGGACGAUUACCACCCCACCGAAGCCCUGACGCAGCUCGCUGCGAAGAUGAUAUUCAGCGACCCUUUCAGGCUCUUCGCCCACCCCAUCACCGUGCAGCAGCUGGUCGGCGGUGGAGCGCCUGCGACCCUAGAGAAUAUAUGA